CUGACGUAAAGGCAGAGGCCUCACAUAGAUAGUUUCAUUGUGGUUUGUGAAGUGGCCAUCAAAUCAAUAGGCCCAAGGGGGAAGAAAGAAAAAGCGUUCAUGGAAUUAGAUUACCAGUUUUCAGAGAAUCUUGUACUUCGGUCAGUGAAGGACCAGGUACAGAGAGCGGGAACAUGUGCACCGUCUCUUCCUGAACCGCAGCUAACGAGUGCUGAGCGGGAGCAGCUCCUGGACCAGGUGGCCAACGUUAUCAGAGUCAUCGGCUACUCUCGAUCGAGAGCCGAGAUUCAACGAGUUAGUAUCGAUAUCAAAAUCUCUUUUAUGCGAGAGUAUUACUCAUGGUUGAUGGGUUUGCACAUGUGGUGGACAGACAAGAGUUUCCAGAUGCUUGUAGACAAAGUGUUUGUUGAUGACAUCACCUGGGGGAAAAUUGUUACUCUGAUCUGUGUUGUUGGGAAAUCCAUUGCAAAGAUUCUUGCUGAUUUUGUCUCAGGCGUUGUGUCUUGGACACUGGAUUACUUCAGGGAUAACCUACUGAACUGCAUCUGCAGUAGGGGAGGAUGGAUCAACAGUAUCUCUUCCUUGGCUCGUUACUCCUUUGAGCGAGAUUGUGGUUCCUCAUCUAGCCUGAACUCCCUCUCCUGUGGAGUCUUCUUCAUCAGUGGAGUACUGCUGGGGGGCCUCAUCGUCUGGAGACUAAACAGAGGUGCCUGAGGACGGUCAGUGGACUGAUGAAGUGAGAAAAGGAGAAAUGCUGGGAUUUACACAUGCAACGGACCAAAAAUAAAGAUGUUUUGACCGAGUAAGAGAAGGCUGAUUGACAAUAUCAUGCAGAGUAAAAAAGUGUAAAAUAUUAUAAUGUAUAAUGCACGAACAGACAGGAAUUACAGACUUUUUUUUUGGCAUGUCUCAGUCCAUGUGAGUGUGGAGGGAUAAAAUAAAUCCAAAAUGGGGAGUAUAGCAAUAACUAGCAGGACUUGAAAUGUCAUAGGUGCUGUGCCAAGA